AUGUCUACUCGAACACGGACAACGGCCAGUACAAGGGUACAGAACCCCACUAGAACUCAGAUACAGCCUGGAACACCGACAGAUGAUUCAGGAGAUGUGAAAUGUACAGGCCAUCACAUGUCUUGUCCAAAGCUCAGAGCUGGUCCAACAACCAAGAACGCGGGAAGAGCAUUUUACUGCUGUCCAUUACCACGAGACGAUCCUGGUCGAUGUAAGUUUUUCAAAUGGCAUGACGAGCUCUUUCCUCUUCAUUCUUCGGCCGGACCAUCGACACCGUCAGGAUCUACUCGAGCUUCUGCGCUGGUCCAACGAACGAAUCAGACCCUCGGUCAAUCCCCUGCCGCUAGAUAUGGCCGUCCGGUUGGCUCAAACGACAGUACGCAUACUGUAAGAAACAGCUCAUCUCGUCAGCAAGAAGCAGUACUGAUCAGUGAUGAUGAGGAUGAAGAUGAGAUGGAGGAGAUAGAUUGGGAUAAAGUGGAUGCUGAGGAGAUUGAACGUGAAGCUAUUGCAAGUACACCUGGAUCAUCUCAACUCGUGGCUAGUGAGCAGACACCGUCAUCGACUACACCAAGUAAAGGUAUAUCAUUCAACGAUAGGUUAAAGAAUGCAGUCGAUGAGGGUCUGGGUAAAAGAAGGAGGGAUGAAGAAGAUUCGCAAGAAGUGGAUAGGACACCAAAAAGGGCUGCUAACGAUCCUAACCCCUUCCUCUCGUCUCCUACCACCCCUCGUUCACCUCCUCACUCCAUCCUCUCGCCCACGCUCUCGUCCCUCGAACAGCUGUCUGAACAUCUUCAUCGUCAAGAUAGAUUAUUGCGUGCUGCAGAACAAAUGAAGAAGGGUAUGAGAAGUACCAUUAAAUCGCUACAGGAACGAAAUAAGGAAUUGGAAGAUCGAGUGAAGGAAUUGGAGAACCGCUUGGGGUAG